AACACUUAACAGUUAACAGGGACUAAAACGUUUGUGAAAAAUUAAAGAAGACUAAAGUUACUUCGUGAAAUCUUGAGGAUGAUAUUGAAUUGUUUCAACUCGUUGUUGGAAUCUGGCGGCUGGUGGGGCGUCUUGAGGCUGAGCUAAAACCACCCACUAAUUUUUCUUACGAUUCUUGAUACACAAACUUAUAAAGUCUAUAGCUUAUGCUUCUGGUUGCAUUGACUUUGUCAAAAUUAGUUAUAAGUAACCAGGUCAGCUAUGCUACAGUGUCUAUCUAUCAACAAGUCAUCAUCAGCAACCACUUCGUUACCUACUUCGCCGGCGACGCUCAAUCUUCAUGCUUAUCCUCCGCUUUCUCAAGGGAAUUCUACAGAGGGUUCACCUGGAACAAGCACUCAACCCUCACCUGCUGUUAACCUUACUUGGGAAUACUCCCUCACUGUCCAGUCCAAUUCCUACAAUGAAAUGUGGUCUAAAAUUCACGUUCUUGACCCAAGAAAUGGGAGCUAUUACAACCAUGACCAAGAUCAAGCCGAAGUGCAGAUAGAAGAUGCAAGUGUAGAUGAGGAUCCUCACCAACUGGAUUUGUCACAUGUUCUCCAACCCAACAGAGAAUGUGUAGAAGAGGCCCUUCGUCAUGCGAGACCUAAUGCCCUUACCCGCCUUGUCUCAACGUACUUCGAUCAUAGUGAGAACACCACUAACCUCUGCCUUCUCCUCCACCAAAGCAUUUAUCGUGCCCGGGUUCUCUAUGGCCCUCUCCAUGAGCUCCUUGACAUUUUCCCCGUUGACCAUCACUCCACCAGUCAAUCACUGUUUGAUAAGGCUUUUGAGGUAUUCCUCCAAUUUGACUGUGUUGACAAUCCAUUUCCCUGCCCGGAUGCCCACAACUUCCAAGAAAUGCGUCGUUGCUUUUCUGAGUUGAGGCAAGAACUAGACCAUAAUCUUCGAAAAUCUCAGUCAAGAGUUCGUCUUUUCCGCCAUCCUAUCAGAGGCACUGCCCUUUGUAUCAUUGGUACUGCUGUGGCAGUUACUAUAACUGCUGCAGCUGUUGCUACUCAUGCACUUCUUGCUGUUGUGGUUUUUCCCUUUUGUACUGCUUACCUACCCUGUGGUGUUACUAAAAAAGGGCUUGCCCAUGUUGCACAACUUGAUGCUGCUAAGAAGGGUACAUAUGUGUUAAACAAUGAUCUGGACACAAUUGACCGGCUUGUUUUUCGCUUAUACACUGCUGUUGAGGGAGACAGGGAGGUGGUAAGGUUUGGAUUGGAGAGAGGUAAGGACAAACAUUCCAUUCAAGAGGUAGUGAAACAGCUGAGAAAAAACCAGCUGAAUUUCGCAGACCAGCUUAAGGAUCUUGAGGAGCAUAUUUGCCUGUGUUUUAACACUGUCAAUAGGACUAGGUCAUUGCUCCUCCGAGAGGUCCAUCUUCACCAAACUGAUCAAGUUGCAAGUGCCAAGAUGUUCAAGCCAGAAAACCUGGUUUAUAUAUCUACCAUGCUUAUUUCCUCUCCAAAUUUUGUUAAAAGUUUGGUGCUCAUACAAAGCUGAUUUGUAAUGGUGGAAAUUGGAGGAUAUCCAUUUGCAUUGAUAAUAGUGGCACUUAUACUGCGCGGUGAUUUUGUUCAAGGAUUAUAUGGUGUUUAACUAUUUGUAUAUUAAUGGACCCAUACUAUUAUUAUUUAGAUCAAUGCAAAUCAUGGUAUAUUAAUGGACAUAAUAUUAUGCACCAUUUGUAUAAUCUUGGAAGCCUUUCUUUCGUCUUCCUAAAUAUUGAAUAAAAGCCACUGGAUUUGGGCAUUUUGACUGCACAAGGACAAGGUUUUCAAUAUCAAAUAACAUAAAUGCCUCUGAAAAUAACAAGUUAACAAACCCAGAAACUAUUUCAAUUCUAAUUUUGAUUUCUUCCUGAAAUAACAAAAUUGGUUGAUGCAAGCAAAAUGGUCUUAUUUACCAACAUGAAUUAUUUUAAUAUUAUAAAUUUUAAAAAAUAAAAUACGAGCCACGUCACCGAAGGAAAGU